UWUGUUGGCCGAGAAUUCACAAAUGGGCAGAACCUCUCUAUUGGAAUAGGCUGUGAUUUGCUUGCCGUUGUUGAACAUGAGGUUCUUCAUGCUCUUGGUUUCCAACAUGAACAGUCUCGAUAUGACAAAGACGAUUAUGUGAAGAUUGUAUUAGGCAACGUUUUGAAAGGUCAUGAGUCUGAAUUUGAGACAAUUGAUAGAGAAAACAGCACCACCCAUGGAGUCCCAUAUGACUACUGGUCAGUGAUGCACUAUGGAAAAAAUGCRUUCAGCAAUGGCAAUGGCUCCACAAUCAUUACCAUAGACCCAAAAUACCAAGAUGUAAUUGGUCAAGAACUGGGAAUGAGUCCUAGAGACAUUCAGGAGUUAAAUCUUCUCUACAAAUGCAAUUCAACAGUUGCCUUUAUGUUUAACUGUGAUUUUUCUAAUGGGACGAUGUGUGAAAUGAGCCAGAAGUCUCAAAACGGMAGUCGCUGGGAAGUGGUUACACAAGUAGAUGGGGGUCCAAGCUCUGAUCACACCAGUUUACCCAGUGGGAAUGGCAAUAAUGACCAGGAAGCAGGCCACUUUGUUCAUACCAGCACUGCACUGGGUCAAGAAGGAGAUUCAGUCCAACUGGAAACAMAAAGAUUUAGCCCUAAAAGAGAAUGUAGGGUCCAGUGUCUGCAGUUCUACUAUCAUUACAGUGGAAACAACUCAGAUGAACUCAACAUUUGGAUCAGAGAGUUUGAAGAUGAACAGGACUCCAUAGGAACUCUUCAACUCAUGGAACRGAUCACUGGUUGA